CGUUACUCGUCUCACCUUUGUGAGCACCUUAUGUCAUGGUAACGAUCCCUUCAGCUAAGGCGAGUUGGACUCUGCUCCCUGUGGAGCCAUCAGAGCUAUCAGAAGAGCUUGCUGCAAGUUGCUCCUUCAGUCCUGGUGGCGCUUUAUUUGGAAAAACAGAAUGCAUUGACUACAUUUUACAUUAUUAUAAGGUUGCAAGACGUGAAAUAAAGCCUCGGAAAUGGCUCUACAAAAGAUAGACCUAAUCUUGGAAGGCUAGAACUUCUAAGCAGAGCAGCUGGAAUUAGUUAAAUACCAGAACCACUGCUGAUUUGGUUGCAUCCUCCAACAUGACCAAUCCUCAGCCUACAAUAGAAGGCGGUGUUUCAGAAGUUGAGAUAAUUUCACAGCAAGUGGAAGAAGAGACGAAAAGCAUUGCUCCUGUACAGCUUGUUAAUUUUGCUUAUCGAGAUCUACCUUUAGCUGCACUUGAUCUCUCUGUGGCUGGGUCCCAGCUUUUGUCAAAUUUGGAUGAGGAGUACCAAAGAGAAGGAUCUAACUGGCUAAAACCGUGCUGUGGGAGACGAGCAGCUGUGUGGCAGGUAUUUUUGCUCAGUGCAAGUCUCAACAGUUUCCUGGUAGCCUGUGUAGUAUUGGUGGUGAUUCUUCUGACUCUGGAACUCCUAAUAGAUAUAAAGCUUCUCCAGUUUUCAAGUGCUUCACAAUUUGCAGGAAUAAUUCACUGGAUCAGCCUAGUCAUCCUGUCUGUUUUCUUUUCAGAGACUAUUUUAAGGAUUGUGGUCCUUGGCAUAUGGGAUUACAUUGAAAACAAAAUAGAGGUGUUUGAUGGUGCUGUCAUAAUCUUGUCCUUGGCACCAAUGGUGGCCUCAACAGUGGCUAAUGGCCCCAGCAGCCCAUGGGAUGCUAUCAGCCUUAUUAUCACACUACGAAUAUGGAGAGUGAAGAGGAUCAUUGAUGCCUAUGUCCUUCCAGUGAAAGUGGAGAUGGAGAUGAUGAUUCAGCAGUAUGAGAAGGCAAAGGUUAUUCAAGAUGAGCAGCUGGAAAGACUAACCCAGAUCUGCCAAGAACAAGGGUUUGAAAUCAGGCAGCUGAGAGCCCACCUUGCUCAGCAGGAUUUGGAUCUGGCUGCAGAGAGGGAGGCUGCGCUGCAGGUCCCACAUGUACUGAACAAACAGAGCAGCAACAGGUACAAAGUGGUAGCAACUGAAGAUUCAGAUGAUGACGCCACCGAGAACAUCACUGAGCUGCGACCUCCACGAGAGGAUGACAUGAAUAAUUACAUCAGUCGAUACUACAAUGAGCCUAGCAGCGAUAGCGGUGUCCGCGAGGCAGCCAUUUGCGUGGUCACCACCACCGCCAUUGAUGUGCAUCGCCCAAAUAUGUCUUCUGACCUAUUUACCGUGGAGGUGCCAAUACGGCUUGGCAGCACAGGAACAUCAGCCAGUAUCACAUCAGGUAGCGCUUCACGAUCAACCGUCAGUUCAGGGACACAGGCGUGCAGCGAGAGCAGCCAGACACUGGGUUCAUCUCCAGACUGCAGUACGGCCUGUGAGGACAGCGGUGGUGUUCCACAGGGUGACAUCACACCUGGCCAGGAACAGGUGUCCCAUGGUAUGGUGCAGGAGCUGCUGUCAUCUCUGUCAGAAGAGGCCUGCCUGGCACAGAAGGCAGUAGAGCCUGUGAACCUGAAGUUGGCUAGCUCUGUGGUGUCUGCAGGGACAAGUCCUAAUCCAGGGCAGCAGCUCAGUGCGUAUCAGGAAAGUCUGGAUGUGUUGCACCUGAAAACACUGCUACCACUGCUGGACUGUUCACAGGGUGUGCAAAUGCUAGAUGAGAACAUUGGGGGAUCAGAUGGGAAAAGUUCCUGAGGUCUGGAGUUGCAUUAAUGGCGCUCUGAGAAUAUAGAGAAUGGAAGUA